AUGGAAAGACUCGCUAAACACCUGCACGAUUUAUACAGCAAAGGAGAAUAUUGCCAAGAUUCUUAUGAGGAAUUUGUGACAUCUGAAGCAGCCACAACUGCCCGCCGGUUUUGCUACGAUGGCCUUCGAAAUCUACCUAUGACCACCUUCGACGAAUUGGUCUAUGCCAGAACGCUGGAUCACUAUGCCGGUCGAAUUCGUGCUGACAUCUUAUCCGCGCAGAUAAGGAAAAUUAGCUGUAACGGUGAAGUACCUGAAUGGAAUCGACCGCCUCACAUAAAACCGUACAUCUCCAUAAGGAACUGCACUCAGCAUUGGAUGCUCGAAAAGGACCCCCCAUUCGUUAAGGUAGGACAGCAA